AAAGAAUCCUCGUGGGGCCACACGAAAGCUUUGUCUUGUAUAAACGACAGUAGAAGCGAGUGAGCUAGCAAGGAUUUCAAGCUUCUCUCGUCAGAAUAUUUUUUUCAUUGAGUAUACAUUAUAUUUUGUGGAAGAAUCAACAAAAUGGAAGUGAGCAAGAAGCGGUCCGGGGACAGUGUCAAGUCUGCAUCACCAAAGAAACAGAAGACUAGCAAGAAAGGUCAGAGUGGGAAAGGAAAAAAAGAUCCGAAUAAGCCGAAAAGACCCAAGACAGCUUAUCUUCAUUUCAUGGAUGACUUUCGUGCUCGGCGUAAGAGCGACGUGAAAAAUGGCGAGGAAAAAUCAACCAAAAUCGGUGAUGUCGCGAAGGAUGGAGGAGCUGCAUGGGGAAAAAUGAGUGAGGAAGAAAAACAACCUUACGUAGAUAAAUACCAGAAAGAGAAAAAUGAAUAUGAUAAGAAGCUGAAACUUUUAAAACCUGCCAAAGAUCAAAAUAAACCCAAAAGGCCCAUGACCUCAUUCCUGUACUUCCUUGAAGAGUAUCGUGGAAUUAAAAAAGAACAAGGAAUGACGGGUCCGGAUGUUUCAAAAUCAGCUGGAGAGGAGUGGCGUGCAAUGUCGGAUAAUGAUAAACAGAAAUACAUGGAUAUGCAAGCAAAAGCAAAAGCCAAGUUCGAAGAAAAUAUGAAAGAAUAUUUAGCCAAGAACCCUGCCCCAUCUCCACAAAAGAAAGCGAAGACAUCGAAAGCGAAAGUUCAGGAAGAAAGCGAGAGCGAAGAAGAAGAUGAAGAUGAGGAGGAAGAUGAUGAUGAUGAAGAAGAAGAGGAAGACGAUGAUGAAGAAGAAGAAGAAAGUGACUAAACCUUUUCGUUGUAUUUGCCAUGUUGUUAUUACUUAGAAUGAUCUCCUACUUUUUAUCUUGUAUUUUACCUUUUUAACCUUUCCAACCUCAGGGUAUACCUUUCAAAUGAAAAGCAUUUUGCAUUGAUUUGGGAGCACUUUAAUGAGACAAAAUGAUACCAAAAACUACAAUUACUGAUUGUCAAAAUAUAUUGACAACCGUCACAGCAACCAUGUAUAAUCCCAGGGCUUCCUUUGAGAUCCAUCCUUCAUGUUUCUAAUCUCGAAUACAUUCUAUUUCAUAAUUGUCAUAA